GUUGACGUAGAUCCCCUAAAUUUGUGGCUGGGCCAUUUUGUGUCUCGCUCACGAUUUUAGAGCCUUGACAUUUUACGGCGCGUCUGUUAAACGCUGCGCAUAAACGCAAACUGUCAAAAGCUGCCUGAUUUGGAUUCUUCUCCUUAUUUGAAACCUGACACCGCUGAUGUUUCAGCGCCCAUGUCCUCCCGUUGGUUGUGCGCUGCGGAGUGAUAUUCCAUUGGAACCGACAAUGUGGAGGCUGUGAAAAUGUCUACUUGGGAAAAGAAAUGAUUGCAGUUUCUCCAAGUGAAAGGAAACAGAGUACCGCAAGAGUUAUGGUCCGCGUUAAAGACGCGAGGUCGGCUUCGUAACGAAGACAAACAACAAGGCGAGACAACAGAGGAGCGUUUUAUAUCGUCUUUCCUGCGCUUCAUCAAGCCCACAGACCGGGACCACAGAGGAGAAGGAUUCUAUCCCUAACUUUGUUUUUCUUCUCUUAUAUAUUGUCUUGCCACUACUCGCUGCUGGAUGCUACACUGCUGACUCCAGUCUGUUGCUGAGACUGUAAAGGCCCAGUGAACAGCAUCAGAGAAUGGCUACAGUGGAAAACGACAAGGAGCUGAGCGACUUGCUGGAUUUUAGUGCGAUGUUUGAACCUCCAGUUUCGAAUGGAAAGAAUGGGCCGACUACUCUCGCCAGCAGCCAGUUUGGAGGUCCCGGUGUAGAUGAGAGGAGAGGGUCCGGUCCGUGGGGACCAGGGGAGCAGACUAGUCCAUCUUUCAACCAGGGAAGGGUUUUCGAAGAGGGUCUUUACAGUGAGAGAGAAAGUCUGGCCUCUAMSCCGGUAUUUGGACCAGGCAUUGCUGGGAAAGCUGAACGAGGGUCAUACUCAUCAUUUGGGAYGCAGCCUGGUUUUAUGCCAAGUGAGAUACCCCUGGGCAGUCCUGAUAGCUUCUCUCCGCCUUCUGCCAAGUCCAAUUCCCAGUUUUAUUCAUCCUAUGAGAGGAAGAGACCCGCACAGGACCUCACUGCAAAUCCGCAGCCAAAAAAGAUUCGGAAGGUUCCUCCUGGCCUGCCCUCCUCAGUUUACCCCACAGCCACAGGAGAGGAUUUUAAUCGGGACACCACUUGCUUCCCAGCCUCCAAAGCAGGAAAUGUCUACCAACCAGCGUACUACAUGCAAGAUGCCCACCCACCCUCUGAUCCUUGGGGCUCUGCCGGGUCGAUGAUUCAGCCUGGAUACUCUGCCGUGUUGGGGAACUCCCCCCAUCUGGGCCAGCAUGGCCCGUUCACUGCCAUAAACCCUCAGGACAGAAUGAAGCGGCAUCCCCUUCCCCUCUCACCCCAGAACUACCCCCUGCAUGGCAGUGAAGUGAACGGAGCUCAUCCCACCAGCUUCCACGCAGGCUCCAGCAGCUUUGGAGUCCCCAGCCACACACCCCCCAUCGCUGGCACUGAAACGAUUAUGGCAAAUCGGGGUGCUGUACCUGGAAGUUCGGGUGACGAGAUUGGAAAAGCCCUGGCAUCAGCUGUGUCAGACCAAAGCACCCACUGUCAGCUUGGCUUUGUUUCCACGUCAGAAGAAUGUUUUCUGGCUUGUUCGACCAGACGUCUCCAGACUGUAGGUUCUGCAUCACAGUGGACUCGGUCCUCAGGCCAGGCCACCCCGUCACCUAACUUUGAGGGAGGAAUUCAAUCCAUGGUGAGUCACUUAGUGUGA